AUGACCUAUCCACCAACACCACCGAAUCCAGUAAGUGUACAUACUUUAAUCCAUAUAAACAUACCUACGUCCUCUAACUUACUGCACGCCAUGCAGCAAAAAUCCUUCAGCCAACUCACCCAAAUACCCACAACUGGCUACAGCUUAAUCUCCGCAAUCAAUAAAAACCUGCACCUUGCGCCAUAUGAAACCAUGACAAACCCGCCAAGAAGAAGCAGAACCAACACCAUCAACAAAUUCACCUUCACCCGCCCCGGCGACGUCGUUUACGAAUUCCCCAAAUACACCUCCGCCUCCUGCAAAGUCCGCAUCACUCUACCUCCAGGCAGCACCUGGACCUCAGGCCCACACUGGCACGAAAAGCGCGUCGAAUACUUCCGCGUCGUGCAAGGCGCCGCCUGGUUCACCCUAAACGGGGAAUACAAAGUCUAUCGGCCGUCGGACGGCAACGUGCCGAUCCCAUUAUUCACGGUCCACGAAUGGGGUCGAGCUCCCGAGCAAGAAGAGGGGGAUUUGAUUGUCGAUGAGUGGACGGCACCGGCGGAUUCGUUCAAGAUUGCGUUUUUCCGUAACUUGAAUAGUGUCAUUCUGGAUGAGACGAGUGAUGGGAAGACACCGCCGAGAAGUGAGUGGUGGUUGACGCUGCAGCUGUGGGUGAUUUGCCAUGGGUUGGAUAAUUGGCCCGUGUUUUGUAGAGGGUUGUUUGGCGUGCAGUGGCUUGUCACGCAUGUGUUUUUGGGUUUGGUUGCGUUGGUGGGUUCGGCGGUCUGGGGGUUGAGGGCUGCUUAUGAUGAGUAUACGGCACAGGGGAUUAAGGAUGUUAUUCGAGCUGCUAAGGAGGGGAAGAGGGUGAAGAGAAGAGGUGUUGAUUGA